GGGCCGCCGGGCGCCCUCCUUUGCUCUGCCUUGGCUUCCGCACCUCCGCGUCGAGGUGCCUCCGGGUGUCGGAGGUCGGCUCCAGGCCCGCGUACCCCGCGUUCAGAGUCUGGUCGUGUGAGAAAGGCCUAGGUGUGCCCUGAAUCUCUUGGCCGCCGUUGCGAGCCGCCCGUCAGGAGGCCGACUGAGCUUCCCCAGUGCUGGAAUUACAGUCACUAGGAGUUAAACUUUGGGAUGUGCACAGGAUGACAGACAACAAGGAUUUAGAAGCUGAAAUCCACCCCUUGAAGAAGGAAGACAAAAUAUCACAGGAAAAUCUUGGAAAUAGGUUGAAAAAUGAAGAUAACUUAAAAAGUGCACCUACACAAUCGCGGCUCUCCCGAUGCCGAACAGUAGCAUUUUUUCUUUCAUUGUUUAUCUGCCUUUUGGUGGUGUUUGUGGUCUCCUUCAUCAUCCCAUGUCCAGACAGACCAGUGUCACAGAGCAUGUGGAGGAUCGAUUACAAUGUAGCAGUUACCUAUGACUUUCUGGCCAUGGAAGACAUAAACAAGGAUCGGAUACAAGAUGUUGUCUUUCUUCAUAAAAAUACCAACAGCAGUAACAGUUUCAACCGAUCCUGUGCUGAUGAAGGCUUCUCCUCUCCCUGUGCCUUUGUGGCUGCUGUGUCAGGGGCUAACGGCAGUAUGCUCUGGGAGAGGCCUGUGGCCCAAGACGUGGCAUUUGUGGAAUGCACUGUGCCCCAGCCAUUGGACAGUAAGACAUCCUCAGCCUGCAUCCUUGUGGGAAGACCUGGCUCUUUUCUUGCCAUCAACUUAUUCACAGGGGAAACCCUGUGGAGCCACCCCAGCAGCUUUGGUGGGAACACGUCUAUCCUGAGCCCUCUGCUCCAAGUACCUGACAUCGACAGUGAUGGUGCCCCAGACCUGCUGAUCCUCACCCAAGAGGGAAAGGAGGUCAGUGGAUCCAUCUAUUCAGGCAGCACUGGGCACCAGAUUGGCCAUAGAGGCAGCCUCGGUAUGGAUGGAGGCAGCAACCCCCUUCUUCAUGUCACCAGGACGGGUGCACACUACAUUCUCCUGCCCUGUGCAAGCUUCCUCUGUGGCUGUUCUUUGAAGAAUCUCUAUGAGAAGGUGACUGGGAAAGAUGCCUUGUUUAAAAGUGACCCCCACUGGGAGGACAUGCUCAAUGCCUCCACCCACAGGCUCCUGCCCAGCUCUGGAACAGUUCAAUUCCUGAUGAAUGUCCCAGGGAAGGCUGGCCAGGAUGUGCUCCUCAUUAGUUCAGAGGCCUGUGUGCUGCUGGAUGGACAGGAGCUGACUCCCAGGUGGACCCUCGGCACAGUCCAGGUCCUGAGAAAACCUAUCCUUGGCCAAUAUAAACCAGACACGCCAGCUGUGGUCAUUGAAAACGGAACUGGCAUCGAUAGACAGAUCCUGCUUCUGGACCUCCACAGUGGGGCCAUCCUGUGGAGCCAGACCCUCCCGAGCUUCCCCGGGGCCCCACCAUCCACCAGCCUGCCAACUGCAGACCACCGCUCAGCCUUCUUCUUCUGGGGCCUCCAUGAACUGAUUGGCACCAACGAGAUGGAUCCUGGGGAUGCCCAGCACAGUUUGUACAUGUUCCACCCUACCCUGCCCAGCGUCCUGCUGGAGCUGGCCAAUGUUUCUACCAACAUCAUCGCCUUUGAUGUGGUCCUGUUUGAGUCAAGUCGCCAUGCUGCCUACGUCCUCCUGACAGGCCCAGCAAGCUCGGAUGUGCCUGGUCUGGUCUCUGUAGUCAAGUACAAGGUGCGGGAUCUUGUCCCAGGCAGCAGAGUGGUCCACCUGGGUGAAGGCAGGCCAGACAGUGACCAGGCCAUCAGAGAUAGGUUCUCCUGGCUACGGUAUCGGAGUGAUGUCUAGGUGGUGCCAGUGGGAACCCACGGAGAGACGACAACUGCAGAAACCAAACCUUCUGGGACAUCCACCCUUCCCUGUGCCUCCACACUGAGACUAGUGACAGUCUCCCCUGGGGAGCCAUGGCUUUAUAUGUUACACCCAGGGACUUGUGUGGGAACACCCUGGGCCUCCAGACCAGGACACCACAGCCAUCACUCCAUCACAACUUGUGUCCCAUGGGGUUUGUACAGGCCAGGAUACCUCCCUGUGCUCUUGCUGGGCAGUUCAGGCCUGUGGCUCCUCAUCCUCACUAGGAGCCCCUGCCAGACCACCUUCCCUCCCACCAGAGAAGUCACUGCUAUGGGACGUGUUGCUCCCCAGGGCUGUCACGUGUCCCUUCCUCUUCUUCUUACCUGGUUCUGUCCUCUGCACCAUCCUUGCGGAAUAAUGAACUCAGAGGGUGGUGAGCCUUGAGGAUACCUGAGGCCACAUAUCCUCAAGCCCUUCCCAGAGCAGAGGAAACAUUCCCAUGCAGGUGGAGGAACAGGCCUUGGGUGUGGGGUCUCCCUGACUGGUGGACAGAGCCAGCUCUAGAGCUCAUGGGUGCCCUUACUACACACUGGAUCUGCUGACCCUAAGCAGGGCCCUGUGGCCCUGGCAUGGUAAGCAAUGCUGCUUACCUGAUACAGGAGGACUCACCUCUGUGCCUUCUUGCUCCUGAGGCCCCGGAGCAGCUGUGCUCCAUGUGCAGCAGCCCUGCCCAGCCCAGAGCCCAACCUUUGUAGCAAAGUAGCCUGACUGUGUCACCACAGAAAACACCAGAAUAAACAUUUUUACACUGUCCAGAAAAGCCCCAAGUAUAAGCC